GCCGUUCAACUUGAUCCGUGUGCUCUUACGAAAACUUUGUUCCGUCGGAAAAACCAUGUGGUUCAACACGGGUGAAUUUCCCAAAAAGCCCGUUUUAAACGGAAAAUUGAUUUUUACGUCUAUUGGUUCCUAAGAAAAAGUGGAAAAACUUCUCAGGUCAUUCUAGUCGAAAAGGGCAUUUGAUCUUUAGAAGUAUACCUUAGAAGGUGAGGGUCGAGAGAGAGAUAAGCGUCCUGUUAUCUCCCGAGGUGGAGGUGUGAUGGGAAAAAAUGAACAUCUCGAACGAGACUCUCCCCCUGGAUGAGGAGCUGCUGUACGACGUGCCUGUGUCCUUAAUCGUGUUUCUUUCUUUCUGCUACGGUUCCAUAUCCGUUGCUGCAGUCGUCGGCAAUGGCCUGGUCAUCUGGGUCAUAGUUACAAGCAGGAGGAUGAGAAAUGUCACCAACUACUACAUCGCAAAUCUCGCACUUGCUGAUAUCGCCAUCGGCCUCUUUGCCAUCCCUUUCGAGUUUCAAGCGGCUCUUCUUCAGAAGUGGCUUCUGCCUGCCUUCAUGUGCGCCUUCUGCCCGUUCGUCAAAAGCCUAAGCAUAUCCGUGUCGGUACUGACGCUUUCAGCCAUCGCUCUGGAUCGUUACAAGGCCAUAUUGCAUCCUCUCAAGUGCAGAGCACGUGUCUCGAGGCUGCAGUUCAAAAUGGUCAUCACGUUCAUUUGGAUAAUAGGCGGAAUCAUGGGGGCCCCAUUCAUGUACGCUCUGAGAGUCGUCGACAAAGAUGGCCAACCUUUCUGCGACAAUGUGAAUAUUUCAGAGGAGGUGUGGUUCUGGUACCAUGUCGCACUUUUCCUCUUGCAGUACUUGAUACCACUGAUAGUUAUCAGUUUCGCCUACACAAGGAUGUCCCUGUCACUUUGGGGUGCAACAGCCCCUGGCAACGCUCAAUCAGAACGAGAUGCCAAUAUAAUGCGCAACAAAAAGAAGGUCAUCAAAAUGUUGGUUAUCGUCGUUGUUCUCUUUGGCCUCUGCUGGCUACCAUUGCAAACAUAUAAAGUACUCCAGGGCAUCACAGAUAUUAACGAUUAUAGAUUUAUCAAUAUAUUUUUCUUCGGUUUCGACUGGCUCGCCAUGAGCAACAGCUGCUGCAACCCAUUCAUCUAUGCCAUCUACAACGAAAAGUUCAAAAGGGAAUUUCAAGUGAGGCUAAGAGCCCCUUGUAUAAAGAAGCAGAGCUCACAGCACACAGACCCCCUGACGAGGGAGUUAAGUGGCUUUGAGAGUACGCGUUUCGACUGGAAAAGGACCUCAACAAUGAAAAACGGUCUCAAACCCUGUACAAUCAGUCUAAACUAGAACUAUGAUCUCUUCUGAAAGUGUUUUAAUCUUAAACUUUUAUGUAUAAGUUCCUAAUGUUUCACCAUUGUAUAUUCAAUAAAUUGUCCUUAAUUAAUGAGGUUGAGUGUAUUUUGGAAAAAUCUUUGCUUUUUAUAGAUACAUGGUUGUAUAGAUUUUUUAUAUUGAGAUAUGAAAAUUAUUUUUUCAUUGUGACCACUGCUUUUCAUUAAGUUAAAAAUUGCUUCUCGAAAUCUGGAUAUGAUGAACCUGUAGUCUGAUCAUCCUAAUGUGCCCAUCCUUGCUGUUUUGGUAUGUCAGGUGGCUCCAUCUUCAGUCAUGAGCUUCUCUGUUAUUAUGUCAAUACGAUUUGGUUUUCAGACUGAUAAAAUACAAAAACUGAAUAUCUAAAACAUGGUUGAAAGAACAUUUUGGGGAAUACACAUAGUCCAAUAUGACCGAAACUACCAAAUGGCAAUUUAUUCCAUAAAUGAAAUGUUGGCCUAGUGUCUAGUUAUUUUUCUACAUAAAAAAUUACCUUCUCCAUAAUUGAAAUGAAUAUAUGUAGAUAAAAGACUUGCUAAAUAUUUUAAUAUUCAAGAAUUCUAUAUUAUGCUAUCAUAUGGUUUCAAGCAAAAGGUUUUUCACAUAUUCUUGACAAUUAUUUCUCAUAUUUGUCAAUGGUAGAAUAGACAUAAAUGUACAUAUACAUACCUCGCCCUUUGUACAUAAAAAAUACCUGUAUAUAUGUUUGUUGUAUUCUUCAUAGUUUACAAUAAAAAAUUUAGUGGAUGUUAAUUACAUAUCACCCCAAUUGUUGGGUAUUGAGAUAUACAAAUAAUAGGCUAGAUUUGAUGUCACAAAAUGUUUCAAUGUUAAAAUAAAUUUACUUCUGGAAUCGCAAUUUUUUAUUCAAUAGAUUGAAAAAGAGUCACAAAUUAUUAGAGUAAAAAGAAGUAUUAGAGUAAGUUACUGCCCAAUCAGUUUUUAUGUAUAAAAAACUCUAAAAUCAUUAAUAAUAACAUCUAAAUGUAUGUAAUAUAAUCACUUUGUAUACUUUUAGCAUAAAGUGUAUUUUUUUAGCUCAAUGUGAUAUUUAAUUUAUUAUGUUCAAGUUUAUCUUUUUGUAUCCAACAACUAUAUCUUACAGUAUAAAUUUGAAUAUGAAAUACUUUUUAUAAUCAUGAGCUUUAAUAGAAAAAAAAACAUGUAUUAUAGGAAAAAAUGUAUAUUUAUUAUCACAAUUUUUUCUAUUAUAAUUAUUUAUGUACAAAAUUAAUUAAUUCUAUUUACAAAAAGUUUUACAAAAUUUAUUACAAAUUUACAAAACUGUCAAUAAA